AUGGCAGAGUUUCUGCCCCUUUGCGACGUUUUAUUCAACGUUAUAUCGCUAGCUGGCUAUUUCUGCGACGUGGUUUUCGAUCUUGUUAUGGGGUACGCGCUGCUAGAGCGGGGCUACAAGGGCACGUUUGCUGCUACGCUAUCGAUAGUUAUCACAUCACUAUUGAUUUCGCAAGUACUUUCUCUUCGCUGGUAUCUCCACGUAUGGUGGGCUAGCGAAGGUCGUAAAGGCCGCCCCCCUUGGCUACCGGUUUUAUUGCAUUGCCUGCAAAUGGGUGUGUUGUGGCGAUACGCUAGACUUUUGGUACCUGUUGAGCUUAGACGAGUAAAGCAUCAAGUUCGAGACUUGUGUAUGCUCCGGCUAGUCCACGCGUUCUGCGAAGCGGCGCCGAUGUUACUACUGCAGUUGCAUAUUCUUCUGAAGGAAGCUCACCUAGAACCAAUAACAAAUGAGCUGGGCGUCACACCGGAACCAAACAUUGACGAACCAGCAGCAAAUAAAGCGUUCGCUGAACUGAAUGUCAUCUCAGCGUCGCUGUCUCUGUUUUCUGUCUGCUGGGCUCUGGCUAGCUUCAGCAAGAACGUCCGACUACAAAAUGUUCAUCGACUGGUGCUUACUUGGCUUGGGGUUAUAUUUCAAUUCUUAUGGCGUUUGGGAACAAUAUCGGCGCGCGUAUGUUCUCUAACAGUCUACGCUCUAGUCUACGAAUACUGGGUCUUUUUAGUUAUAGGUCUACAUUGGGUGUCUAUGUUCCUCUGGUUGAUAUCACCAAAGAAUGUUUUCCACGGCGAACGGAUAAGUCGACCGAGGAAAGCUUAUCUCUCCGCUCUCAUAGCUUUCGUGUAUGUCUUCGCUUACAUCAACCUGCAGGACACGAACCAUCGCCAGAAAAUGGUAAUAUUCUACUGUGUCAUGAGUAUAGAAAACUGCGUCCUCAUAACGGCUUGGUGGUGGUCCGGCGCAAGACAAGGACCGCCCGCGGGGCGCCUCGCACCAGCGGCGGCUGCAUCUUUCCUAGCUGGACUUGCUUGCAUGUUGCUUUACUACAGGUACUUCCACGUGAGACGACUGGGCUAUAUGUUGGGCGAACACCAACAGGGUACUAAUAGUACUAAUGCUUCUUCACAAAACAAAAAUGGUAAAUCAAAUCAAAAUGAUAACACUGUGAUACCGGGGGUCUUCAACUGUCGAUUUUCAAAUCCUGUAAAUAGUAGCGCCGCCAACGGUCGUAAAAAGAAAAAGCCGACUUCGUUCGUGCCCCCACCUGCCGCGCCUGCUAGUACCUCUCCCGCCCCACCAGCGCCCUCUGCCUUUUGGAGGAGACCGCUGCCCGCUGCGCAUAACCAUCAUGGUGGCUCAUCAGAGAACGAAGGUUCUAGCGUAGGAUCUCGCGUCAAUAUACAACAAAAACUGCAAGAAAAGAAGCAGAAGCAAUUAGCAGAAUUGCGUGUGAUAGAAGAAGAGAUAAAACAGGGAAAGCUAGCCAAAACCACGCCCGUUGCAGCUGAAGAAAUAUACAGCAGUUUGCAACGCCAACCUAUACCCAGGGCCAAAACCCACGCGGAACCGGCCUGGCCCAGCAUAGAAGUGGCCCAGUCCUACCAGAACUACCCAGUUCCCCAUACGUGUAUAUACCCCACAUACACAGAAAUAAAACCGGAAUAUACGGACGCAACAGCUAACACGUACAGCCAAGAAUCUCGAACGUUCUAUGAAAAUCCGGGAAAUUUACGAGGCGAGAACAGACCGAACCUCCGGAGCCCUACCUACAUCGAUCGAAGCUACGAGUCCAAUACUAGGAGCCCUAGAAACGUGCUCAAUAACAGUCCGAGGAACUAUUUGAACGACGUGACUUAUGAAACGGCUAUAGACAAAAGACCACAGACCUAUACCGACGAUAGACAAGAUAUAUACAAUAAGGAUGAAUACCUACAGAAUGCGUUGAGCAAUCAAGUGAUGGACAACAUUCGAAUUUAUAACGAAUGUGGUCAAUUCAGCCAGUGUGGAGUGUAUCCGUACUCGGGGUUGCCAGGAAAGAAAUUAGAGCAGAUAAAAAAGAUGCAGAGGUGCAGGACGCCGGAAAUCCUUUUGGCGCCGCACUAUUUGGAAGGGUGUAAUCGGCAAGUGUGCUGCCAUUGGCCGAGUACGUAUGGCAGGAAAAAAGAAGACGGAGGCAGUAGCGCAGAGCAAUCAGGACCUGAAGGUGCUCGCGAGACGCCUAGACCGCCCAGCGACAUCGAUAGUCAGAUAUCAUUGCCUCGCUCGUACACGCUCCCACGCGAGUUUCGCUACUGGAGACGACGACCGCGGUUGCGGGACGCACACCUACCUAGCAAUAAUAGCAGUGAUGGUGAUGUAGACAGCGGUGACAACGAAAGCGACCGCCGUUCGAACUGCUCGGCCACGUCGCAGCUGCAUCCACCGACCUACGGGGAAUUCCCCUACAGACCACCGGAUAUGAUACCGAGGGAGGAGAGAUACGACAGCGUAUACGGAGCCUGUGAUAGGAGGCCGAGGCGAACUCGGAAGCCUGGACCUAAGCCUGAGACCAAGCUAUAG